AUAAUUUUUUUUUGUGUACAAAAGUUAAAAAACCAUAGUCGUGGAGUCAAAAGUGGAGUGAAUCCAAAAAAAAUCAUAAAAAAUCUAUUUAAACAAUAUAAAUUCAGCUGGAUAUUUGAAUUCUCUUUUUGAUAUCACAACAAAACAAAUUCAACACAACCGAUUGCUUGAAAUAAUAGCAUCUGUGAUAGCAAGUGUGUUAAAGCAAGUUUAAAAACCCUUUAAACAAAAAAAAAACCCAAAACCGCUCAGCGGCAGGCAAUCAAUCAACCAACAGCAGCAGCAUUUAGCAGCAAAAAUCCAAUAUAACAAAAAAACAACUUAAUAAACUAACCACAAAAAAAAACCAACAAAUCCGUAAACAACAAAAAUGGAAAAGGCAUCAGUUAAACAGUUCGAAUCCAAACCAUGGCCUGAAUUAGCAGACAGCGAUGACAGUGACUUAGAAAAUGACAUAGAUGUCGAUAAGCUGGCACCAUUGGAAAUAAAUCCAAACGAGAACCGCUUACAACACACCUAUUGUUUGUGGUUCUCGCGCAAAGGUACACACAGAGCUGUUGACUAUAGUAAAUCGUUGCAUUUUGUUGGACGAUGUGCAACGGUUCAACAAUGGUGGUCGUUGUAUUCGCAUUUGGUACGUCCAACAGCGUUACCACCGUUUAGAGAGUUGAGCCUCUUUAAACAAGGCAUAAAACCAAUGUGGGAGGAUCCGGCUAAUACAACCGGUGGCCAAUGGGUUAUUCGGUUGCGGAAGAAUAAAAUCGAUCGAGCUUGGGAGAAUGUUUGUAUGGCUAUGCUGGGUGAACAGUUUCUCGUCGGUGACGAGAUAUGUGGGAUUGUUUUAACAACCAAAUAUCCGGAGGACAGUCUGUCAGUAUGGAAUCGUACGGCUACUGACAUCGCCAGUACGACACGAAUCCGCGACACACUACGUAGAAUAUUAAAUCUACCUCUUAAUACUUUAAUGGAGUAUAAGAUUCACUGUGAUAGCCUUAAAUAUGUAGCAAUAAAUAAAGUCCCACUGAAAAGCUGAAAUUCAGCAAAUUCCUCUAAGUUUAGCAGAUAUUAACGCAACAACAACGCGAUUAUUAAUUCUUUAUAAACAAACAAACAAAAAAAAAGAUUCUUUUUAUUAUUACAAAAAAAAAAACAAAAAAAACUGUUUUUACCUACGUUUUGAAUUUAUUUGCAAUCUAUAUUAAGUUACUCUUCCACAAGCUAUUUUUAGCUUAUAAUUGAAAUUAAGAAAAAAAAACUUAAGCUGUAUCCAUAAAAAUAAAAAAAAAAAAUAAUAAAA